GGGGCGGCGGGGUGGCGGAUGAGGAGGGGCUGAGGGGGACUGACAGCGGCCUUCAACAGGUGAGGAAGUGUGUUACCUUGUGACUCAGUCUCAUGAUCCCAACCCCAAACCGGAUCAGGGGAUUAACCUAUCAACCCCAACCGCAAUCCGCGACACAUAAAUCCUGCACCCCAACAGGCCGGCUACAGUCUGGGCCUCAUCCUAGCCCCGUCAGGAGAGUACAGCCUCGGCGGCGCCGCCACCGCCGGCGGAAUCGCAACCGUCGGCGGCGGCGGCGCGAUCGACAUGGAGAUGGAGGUAUUCGACGACGACGGAGGUGACGACGCGUUCCAAUUCGAUCUCGAGGAGGUGGAGAUCGAGCGACUGCGUGCCGUACCCGCCUCCGAAGCCGCGGCGGCGGCUCGCAGCGGCGCCGCCGCUGACCUGGCGGCGCUCCUCGGUCGCGACAUUAGCGGCGGUCGCGGACGGCCGUCGGCGUCAGCAAUUGCGGAGGAGGGGGUCGGCAGUCCAAGCAGCGGUAGCAUGGCGGGUGACGUCAGCCGGGAGCGAGAGAGCGCGGGUCACCUCGGGUUGACGUUGGGGGGGCUGCAAAGUGCGGUGGCGGUACGACGGAAGAGUACGGCGGCCACGGCGGGGCUGCUGGCGGCUGGCGGCGGGGAAUUGCCGGAUCUUGGCGGCGGCGACUUGGAUCUGGAUUUGGAUCUCGGUUUGUCGGAUGAGAGUGUCGGUGCCGGUGGCCGAGCCUCCGCUUCUGCCGGCGGCAAUGGCGGCGGCGAGGGGGGAGAGCGGUCUGUGUUGCCGCGCGCUCUGAGUUUCACCGCAGAGGAGCUCCGGGCCGCAGCGGAGGCGCUGGAUCGUGCAGCGUCAGCGGGGAAUGCAGAUCCGUACGACAUUCAGGAGGAGGUGGAGGCGGAGGAGGAGGGGUUGGAACAGAUUCGGGAGGAGGAUCAGGGUAUCGGUGCGGAAGCUAUGGAGGUGGAGAUGGAGGAUGCUGUUUCUCCGAGCAUUCGCCAGAUGAGUUCUGCUGGUGCAGCUGCUGCUGUUGGUACCGGUGGCCAAAGCAGCGGCGACGGUGGCGGCAGCGGCGGCAACACCAGCCCGCAGAACAGCGUUGGAAGCGGUGGUAACGGUACUUCCCCAUCACGGUCUAACCAACGUAUCGUAGUACAACAAACAACGGCCUCUGGUGCUGCCGCUGGGGGCUCAGCUGCUGCAGCAGCACUUCCGGCACCCUCAACGGGCGCUGCUGCUAGUGCUGGGGCUGCAGCGGCUUCGGCUCCUCCUCCCGUUGCUGCUGGUGUUCCUCCUCCUCGUCCUCAAGCAUCCGUAUCGGUCGGAGGAGCCACAAGCAAUGGCCAAGGAGGCGGAGGAGCGACCUCCGCGGGUGUUACUGCCGUCCCGACGACCAGCAACACGCCUAAGCCUGCCGGCCGUGUCAUGACGCGUAGGGCAGCGGCGGCGGCUGCAGCCGCGGCGGAAGCCGCCGCUGUAGCAUCCCAGGACCCGCAAGGAGAUACGGCAGCAGCGGCGCCGACGGAGGCAGAGCAGCAGCCAGUGACCGCAGCGGAAGCUGAGGAGGGUGUUGCAGCUGGUGGCCCCGUGGCUGCUGGGGCUGCUGGUGCUGUGGCGACGGAGGCCGGUACUGAUGUUGGCGGCGGACGGGGGCCGCAGAAGAGGAAGGCGAGGGCGGCGAAUGCGACUGCGGGCAGCCGGCGAGUGCCAUCCCGGAGGGUGGUCACGGUGGACGAUGAAGGCGCCACCCUUGCUACCAGCGUGCUUCGCUCUUGGCUCCAGGAUCGCACAGAGCUCUUGGAUCCAUCCAGGCGUGCAACCCUGCCUGACGCCGCCGCCGCGGGAGCCAGUGCGCGACGUGUUGCCAAGAAGCCUCGUCUCGCAGGUCCUGGAGCAGCAGCCGUUGCUGCAACUGAGAUCACCGGUGGUGCAGCAACAGCGUUGGCGGUUGCAGCUGCCGGUCUUGUGGAUGCGGGAGCCCUGAUGGCGGCUGGAUCAGCGGCGCUUGGCGACUGGCCGCUGGCAGGCCCGGCCCUCUCCGCUGCAGCGGUGGCGGCAGCAGGUGGUUUCCGCCGCGUACGACGUUUGGGGGCGGCGGCAGCAGCGGUCGCCGUGGCGGGGGAGGCGAACGUCGUCAUGGCUCCGGCCCUUCAGGCGCUGUUCCGUGUCCCCACCGGCCAAAUGGCGCCUCAGUACGCUCUUCAACUGGGCGCAGCUGCAGCAGCAGCCGCUGGCGGCGCCGCCGCAGUGGGCCACUGGUGUACGGCAGGGACAGCGGCCGCCGCCGCCGCCGGCAGGACGAACAGCGCCGCCGCUGCUGCCGCUAGCGGAGGCUGCGGACGUCCGACGGACAGUGGUCGUGAGGGGGGCUACAGCGUAUGGGCUGCUGCCGCCGCCGCAGCCCUUGGAGGGGGGCUCGCGGGGGCAGAAACACCCGCCACGGCGACGGCCGCUGCCGUACGGUACGGCAGCGACAGCGCUGGCGGCGUGUACGGCAUGUCUCCAGGAGCUGCAGCAACUGCUACAUGCAUGUCUCCUCCGUCCAGUGGGAGCCGUGGGGACAGCGGCGGAGUACGACAGGGGACUGCUGCGGCUACGAGUGCUAUGUCGGGGGGAGUUGGAGGAGCAGGGGGCAGCAGCGGCGCCGCGGGUGUGGGUGACGGAGGUGCUGCCGCUGAAGGCGAGGAGGAUGUGGGGAUGAUGGCGGAUGCGGAUGAGGGGUACGACAUGCGACACGAAGCCGGUCCGAGCAGUGGUUCCCCUCAGGGCGUCCUCGGUGCCACAUCGGCUGGUCGCAAUGACAACAACAGCAACACCAACAGUGCUACCCCCAGUGCAGGCGGGCUCCGUAGCUGUGAUUCGAACAAGGAAAACCAGCACCACAACGACCCCCUUGCAGCACACCAGUGCCAGCACACCCCUGGACUGUUGCAUGGCUCGGCAGCCUUGAAGGCAGCAGGAGGGGCGGCAACCCCGGGUGCUGCUGGCCGUGUGCUCUUGGGCGCCAGUCCGCUUCGUCCACUGGCAUUAGGGCAGCAGCGGGUUGCCCCUACGACUGCUCAGGCACAGCAGCUGGGCAAGGAGGGCGGUGUGGGAACUGCUGCUGCUGCUGUUUGUGCUGCUGCUGCGGCGGCGGGAGAGGGAAGCUGCUCAGCUCAGGAAGCCGGCGGCCUGGUAGAUGCCAUGGACGUUGACAUGGGCUCCCAUGCAGCUGAGGGAGCUGAAGUAGGAGCCGUAGAGGGCAUCCCUGGUGCAGCAGCAGCUGCAGCAGCAGAGGCUCCUGACGGCAUGGAUGUGGAUGAGGAGGGCAUGGCGCAGGAGGGGCUCCGAGAGCAGCAGCAGCAGCAGGCUUCAUACUUCCCCGCUGCUUCACCUGCGGCCUCGCACCGGUCGCAUGGGUCCCUGGCAGCUGCCUCGGCAGGGGCGGCGGGAGGUGCGGCAACGCCUUUGCAUGGGAGCCGCAGCCACAGCGCUUUCAGAGCUUACGACGUUGGCAUCGGCGGCAGCGGCGGUGGGGGAGCAUCCCUGUCGACGCCAACCACCUCUCGGCAGCAGCAGGAGCAGCAGCAGGCAGCCUCCGGGCAACAUCACCUCUCCCAGCAUCUUCACUCCCAGCAGCACCACUCCCAGCAGCAGCAGCAGCAGGAGGGUUCCGCCGGAGGAGCAGGACCUGCGGUGGGUACACCCCAAGCAGCAACGGCUUCGCAGCAGCAACGGUUGCAUCUGCACGGGCCUCGACCCAUGGGUCACCAGCAUGCUGCUGCGGGAACGCCUCCUUCUCAGCUGCUCGGAGGAGGGCAACGCAGUCAAGCAAGCGGUGCCAGUGGUGGUGGCGAGGGAGAGGAGGAGGAGGAGGGGGGCAUGGGGAGCUGCCGAGGUCUGGGUUUGGGGUCCAUGAUGCGCCCUCGUCAACAGAGAUCGAGAUCUCGGCUGGGCAUGGAUCUGGAUCCGGUUUUGGAUUUGGACGAGGUCGCCAUGGAGGGUGGUUGCGGUGGUGGCUCCCAAGAAGCAAACGAAGAGCAGCUGCAGCAGCAGGACCGACUGACCCAUGGGUCACACGGCGGGAAGAGCAACAGCACCAACCUGCCGAGCCGCUCUGGGGGGCCUAUGCGGGACGGCGCCAACAACGACCUCGCAACUGCUUCUCAGCGGAGACAGGAUAUGGCAUCUGCUGAAACUGCUGGUGGUUAUGGUGGUUACGGCUUCCAUGGCGGACGUACGACGAUGACCCCCAGCAUCAUGCGUCAGAGCGGCAACAACACCGAAGGGUCGGGAUACCUGAGCGAGGGCAACGAAGAUUUCCUGCUUCCCAGGACGCUCAAGGAAUUCGACGCUGUUGCCUUGAUCUGCGCCUCCUCUUCCCAGGCCGCCGCAGCCGCCGCCGACGUCGCUCCUGCCGGCGGAAAGCUGCUGCUGCCUGCCUCCCAACACCAACAUCGCAUGCGGCUGACCCAGCUGCCCACGCAAGCACAGCCGCUAGAAGGUUGCACUCAGCAGCGCCCGGCUGCGGCGGCGGACGGUGCCGGGGCCGGGGCCGAGAGCAACACUGGAGCGGCGGGUGCUGACGGUGCUGCUGCUGCUGCUGGGAGCUUAAGUCUGCUUGAGCUCACGAGGGGGCGGCGGCGCAAGGAUGCGGCUAGGUGCUUUUACGACAUGUUGGUCCUCAAGAACCGAGGGCUCCUGGAUCUACAUCAGGUGCCGUACAACGGCUCCGAAAGCAGCGGCGCUGGCGGUGACCCAUGGGUCGGCACCCAGUCGGCCAAGACCGGCACCACCGCUGCGGAUGAAGCCAAUGUGGCGGCGACGGAGGAUGCCGUACACCGGGCUCGUAGCGCUGCCGUACCAGAUGUUUUGGUGACGCUGACUCAGCGGGGUGCUGAUGCGGCCUGUCAACGCUUGGAUGGGGUCCUCUCUUUGGGCUCCCAGCGGGUGGAGGGACACUAGGGGGCCUUGUGAGGAGGAGGAGGAGGAGGAGGGGAGAUCUUGAUGGUUGGAAUGAAAGGAGUUAUUAUGCGGUUGACUAGGCGUCGCAUGCAGCAUGCCAUGUAGCAUCACUUAGUAACGAGUUUCUUAUAGCGUGAUUUUGUGUUUCUUUUACUACCACUGGUAAGUAUUAGCGGAACAUUAGGGGUACCGUAUUGACAGAGAUGAAGUUGACGCCAUAUCUACCUAUUCCUAUCGCAUGAGAGGGGACAUAUGCUGUGACCUCUUAUCUAUUGUCGCGUUGCGUAUCAGGUAUCUUAACUGUUGUAUACAGACAGAACGUUGUUAUUGUUGUCGGUUGCCGUAACGGCAUUCAUAUUGAUGGUUGUCAUCGUUGAUUUCGUACGCACAAUUGCUCACAGAAACCCUGGGGUCAUCAUCUUAGGGGUUUCCGACUUGGGCAGUGAUACUGGGGGUCCGAAACGCGUGAUUCUGUCUAGUAAGGUUUAUAUUCCAGGGUAUUCCCGGGGCAUUCCCUUCCUUCCCCUUGUGCAAUUGUCUGACACCAGCGUGUUAGCUGAACAAGCAGCAGUGGAGCGAUGGGGACGUGCAUGGCUGCAUG